AUGAGCCUAAGAGAGCCUCUGAACCUCCCAGGAAAAGUCCCAUCGGAUAGCGCGAUGAGCGUUGAAGACGAGUGGAAGGUUGUACGUCCUGUCCAGAGAGGCAAGACCGAAGUCAUCUUCUGCAGAGACAAGUCAGGAAAAUCCCUUCCGCCGAAGAUCGAGUCGCCAAUACAGAUUUCGGAGAGUGCUCAUACCGACGCUCAGGAACCGAGAAUCGACCCUACUUGGCUCCAUAAACCAUACCUGCUUUGGCUAACAGCGUUUGCUCCGGAUCGAGACUCUGGUCUGAGCUGCCCUCCUCCGGCUGGAGAUUGCCUGCCUCCUGUUAGCGGAAGAGUCAGAUCACACUCGCUCCAAGAAGGCAAACCCGGAAGACUCGAGGAGUCUUGGAAUCUGCUCACCAAGAUCAAGGAUUGGGUGUUCAGUGACUACGGCCCUCCGAUGGAGAAUGAUGGCUCGACAACAAAAGUCAAUAUAGCCUCCGGCGACAAUACAAGCGCACAGGAGAAGAUGGCGGGCACAUUCCCGCCAGACAUCGCGGACUUUCCCAGCUUCAAAUUUGAGGAAUACGACCCUUUUUUCCCGAGUCUCAAACCCUCAAGCAGCCUGAUUUCCAACACAGGAAGUCCCCCUUUCACAGACUUGGAGGCUGCAAUGUUGGGUCCCAGCUUCUUCGACUAUUCUUCUGACGGGGAGCUUGAUGCUAGGUUCCACACUGCUCGUGGUGAAGGCAGUGGUUUAACCAAUGAGGCAAUCUCGUCAGAACGUCUCUCCGACCAGGAAACUCUCUUUGGGAACAAUGGGGCUGAGAAACUAAAACCAAGGCCACAAAGUCCCAUGGAAAAGGGGCUGCCUGAAUGCAGUGUCCAUGACUUAUGUGGAAACCCCACCGAGCUUCCCGAAGGCAGAGAGUCUCUUCUUGGAGGGGAUGAGGAGAAGCCCAAGAGAUCUUCCCCCAAUGAGCCACAAGUCAACAAGCCCCGCUCGGGAUCGAUCCUUGAACGGGACUGGGGACUCAACUUCAGCCUUGGGACUAGUCAGUUCUAUGACCUUUUUUAA